AAUAGAAACCAGAAAGAACAAUAUCAAUAGAUUAUGAAAAGUUGAUGUCAUCAAUUCAGUUGAUCUAUGACCUCAAAAAUAUUAUUCUAUUCUAUUCUCGAAAUUUACAAUCCCAUUUACUAUCUUUGACCUCAAAAAUAUUCUAUUCUGUUCUCUUCUCCAUAAAACUGGAUAACCUGUAAAAGAAAAGGUUUGCACGUAAUCCAACAAAUCAUCCUCAGAUUCAUUCAUUAUUAGCGUUCAAGUAACAAGUAACAGAAAGAAGCAUUACGCAGUGGGCUCCACUGGCCAUUACUCCACAUCGACGUGCUCAGCGAAGAGUUGUUAGAAAGAGAAGAAAGAAUGUUAGGGCACCAUCCACAUAUCCCUUUUUCAUAGCUUUGCCCAAUCAGGCAGAGCUCUCUGUGACCGUUGGGAUGCGGGAGGAAGAAAGGAAAGAAAGUGAAGCAAAGCCAUCUUUCUUCCCCCCUUCCCCUAUUUUUAGCGGAUGCAAACACAAUUAAUGCCACAAUUCAAUACAUUGAAUGUGAUAAUAUAGGUUACUAUUUUCAGUAAUCAGUUCCUUUCUUUUCUGCUUCAUCAUGGGGGAAGAGGCAGAAAUGUGGAUGCGGGAUCGCCUCAGUGCUGGAAGAAUGGAGUAUGGGUGUACCCACUACAGGAGACGGUGCCGCAUACGAGCGCCCUGCUGCAACGAGGUGUAUCAGUGUCGCCACUGUCAUAAUGAAGCUAUGAGCCGUUUGUCGAACCCCAAGGAGCGCCACGAGCUUCCCAGAAACAAAAUCGAACGGGUCAUUUGCUCCCUAUGUGAUACCGAGCAGAGUGUGAAGCAAGAAUGUGAGAACUGUGGAGUUAAUAUGGGGGAAUAUUAUUGUGCAGUAUGCAAAUUUUUUGACGAUGAUGUUUCAAAAGAACAAUACCAUUGUGAUGAUUGUGGCAUAUGCAGAGUUGGAGGGCGUGACAAAUUUUUUCAUUGCAACAAAUGUGGUUGUUGUUAUUCAGUUGGUUUGCAGAAGGCACACUCCUGCGUAGAAAAUUCUAUGCAUCAUAACUGUCCUGUUUGUUUUGAGUAUCUUUUUGAUUCAUUGAAGGAUAUAACAGUCCUGCAGUGUGGUCAUACGAUGCACAUGGAAUGCUUGAGUGAAAUGAAAAUGCACUCACAGUAUUCUUGUCCAAUGUGCUCUAAGUCAGUCUGUGAUAUGUCCAGAAUCUGGGAACGACUAGAUCUGGAGGUUGCAGCAACUCCUAUGCCUUUGGAGUAUCAAGAUAAGACGGUCUGGAUUUUGUGCAAUGAUUGUGGAAAAACCUCUGAAGUCCAUUUUCAUAUAGUUGCUCAGAAAUGUUUAAUUUGCAAGUCCUACAAUACUCGCCAAAUAAGGGAGCCCUAACAACUAUACUUCAGUUCUAACUACUGCACAAAAUUGUGUUGAAUGUGGGAUGUUAAAUCCUUCAGUUUGUCUCGAACAGUAUUAAAGCUGUAGCUUCCCUCACUUGCUAGGUUAGUGAUUGGUUGAUUAAAAAUAUAUGCAUACUAGGGCACAAUGUGCUGUAUGCAUAAUGUAUUCUUAAAGAUGAGGUCAAUUGUUCAUAUAUUCUUUUUGGGAUGCCGAACAGUUGUUAUGGAGUUUUUUAUUUGCAAGGCCAAAUUAUAACUGCAAAAUCAAGAUGUCGAUUACAUUAAGAGGUCUAUCAAUAACAUUUGGAAUUUUUUUUGCCUAUCUCAUCAAUACCAAUUGGAAUCAUUUUCUCUCU